AUGUGUAAGGUAGACGUGGAUAAUGCCUUAACAAAAUGUACAGCUCAAAAAUGGUUUGUCAAAUUCUACGGAGAAACGAUUCUCGAAGAUGCACCCCACAGCGGUUGGCCCACCGAGGUUGAUUCGAGUGAUAUCAAGGCUCUAAUUGAACAAGACAGAAGAUCGUGGAAAACUGCUGACGAGCCAUCUAAUAACACCCCGAAGUCCGAAAAAGAUUUUGCUCUCCAUAUGAUGGGAUUAUCGCAGCAUGCUCUUUUACCAGCUGCUUCCACAAGGAAAAAAGGAUUGAUUUGA